AAGAGAGACGCCAACGCCACGUUCCACCAUCCCUCAGUCUGGGCCACACAUCAGCCACCUUAUAAAGCCUCAGGUUCGUAAGGUUCCAGAGAAGCUUUGGAUCGGUUCUUACAAGCGAUCUGCCGGCAAAACCAAGAGGAUGAAGAACUUUGGUGCAGUGGGACUUGUGAUAAUAUUCGCUGCCCCCCUGCUUCUUCUGAAUGCAGACGAAUUUGACGAGACGGAGUGCCCCCCACACAUGCAUUAUUCCAAAUGUGGCUCCAGUUGCCCUUUGACGUGUGAGAACUUCAAUAGCGGCACGUCGUGUGGGAAUGAUUGCACUGAGGGAUGUUUCUGCAAUAAAGGCUACAUUCUGCACCCCGAUAUCCCCAUGCUGUGUGUGGAAGAGCAGCAGUGCCCCAUAUGCGCAGGAGGGAAGUGCACGUGUGAGCACGAAAACAGAGAUUUCAACGGGUGCGGCAGUCGCUGUCCCAUAAACUGCCAGAACCGCAACAACUUCGCUCCUUGCGCCAAUGAAUGCGUUGAUGGCUGUUUCUGUAAGGAGGGCUAUUUCUCUAACCGCCGAGGGGACUGCAUCCCGGAAGACGACUGUGAUGUCGAAUGAUUUUCUGCUUCAAUUUCAUGUGAAAACACAGCAAAUAAAACCACAGUCAUAAAGGCAA